AUGCAACAUGGAUGCCAAGAGCUCUACGUCGCCACGUCGCCACGUCGCCACGUCGCCACGUCGCCACGUCGCCACGCGGACUUUGCGGCGCUGGUGGCGCAGGAGGCCCCGGCGGCCAAGCGAUGCGCCGCCAAGGCGGCGGCGGCGCUGCUGCCGGAGGAGGCGCUGGAAGAGUUGGCGCAGAUGUUGCGGGGCACUGACCUUGCAGCGGCGCUGCGCGCUUUGGACCACCUUGAGCGCUUUGCCGCUGUGCGUGGCCUGGAGACGGCGGCCAAGGUGCGGCCAAGCACCUGCGUCAUGGCCCGGCAGUGCCUCGCCGCCCUGGCAAGGGAUGUGGAGGCUGACAUCAGCCGACCUGCGCUGUGCGUCAUCGCCUGCGCUGUGCAUGACGACAACGAAGAGGUCCGGCAGUGGGCGAGGAAGUUCCUCACGGACGCCUCCUGGACACCUCCCUCAAGCGAAGGCAGUUCGAUGUGUUUCUUCGUGGGCAUGGUGCGGAACAUGGUUGGCUCGGAGAACGUGCUCUGA